AUGUCGCGCGACGCUCCAAUCAAGGCCGAGAAGAACUAUGCUGAUAUAUUGAAUGACCAGUUCCCCGGCAUCGAUAUUCUAGCGAAGACAAAUCAUGGGGAGGCGUUGGACAAAUUGCUGUCGCUAGAGAAACAAACCAGACAGGCGUCGGAUCUUGAGUCCUCCAAGCGGGUACUGGUGCGGAUCGUGGAUCUCCUGGUGGCCAAUAAUGAUUGGGCCCAGCUCGAUGAGCAGCUGGUGCUUCUCUCCAAGAAACACGGCCAGCUAAAAUUGUCAAUUCAGACAAUGGUACAACGAAUCAUGGAACACCUGAACGAAUUGGACAACGUAGAUACGAAGAUAGCGUCCAUCGAGACCAUCAGGAAGGUUGCUGAGAAUAAGAUCUUUGUCGAAGUCGAGCGCGCGCGCGUCACGAGGGAGCUGGCGCACAUCAGGCGCGAGCAGGGGAAGCUGGACGAGGCCGCGGACAUACUGUGCGAGCUACAGGUGGAGACCUAUGGCUCGAUGGACAUGAGUGAGAAGAUUGAAUUUAUCAUCGAGCAGAUGGAGCUAAGUAUUCUGAAGGGCGAUUUCUCGCAGGCCACCGUGCUUUCCCGCAAAAUCCUAAAGAAGACCUUCAAGAACGAGAAGUACGAGGCGCUGAAGUUGGAGUACUACAAGCUUCUGAUCAAGAUUGGUUUGCACAAAUCCGAUUACCUUGAGAUUGCACAGUACUACCAGGAGAUCUAUAACACCCCGAGUGUGCGCAGCUCCGAGGAGCAGUGGAAGACAGCUCUAUCACAUGUGGUGUACUUUUUGAUCUUGGCCCCAUACGACAACCUGCAGAACGACCUCAUCCUCAAGGUUCAACAGGACAACAACCUGAAGAAGCUUGAGCUACAGGAGUCGCUGGUCAAGCUGUUCACUACCCCAGAGCUCAUGCGGUGGCCGAUGGUAAAGCAGACAUACGAGCCCGUACUAAGCAAGGAGAACGUGGUUUUCGGCUCCAACCAGGGCCACUGGGACGACUUGCGGAAGCGUGUUAUCGAGCACAACCUUAGAACGAUCUCCAAAUACUACACUCGUAUCACACUUCCACGUCUGAAUGAGUUGCUAGAUCUCAACGAGGCCGAGACGGAGACCUUCAUCAGUAACCUAGUCAACCAGGGUAUCAUCUACGCGAAGAUAAAUAGGCCAGCCAAAAUUGUCAACUUCGGCAAGCCAAAGAACUCCAGCGAGCUACUGAACGAGUGGUCCUCGAACGUUGACCAGUUGCUCGAGCACAUUGAGACAAUUGGCCACCUCAUUACCAAGGAUGAAAUAAUGCAUGGAUUAAAGGCUAAAUAA